AUGACAACUCUUUCUCGUUAUGCUUUUAAGGUAGAUUACUAUGAUCCCCAAGCGAAUCUUACCCGUCAAUAUCUUCUUCUUUACUAUACAGAAGAUGGUACAGUUGAAAUGCAUGAUUUAAAGACCAAACGGGUAUUUCUAAAGAGGUGUGCAUACAGUUCUUUAACAGUUAAUGAACUGUUUAUUGGAGCCACCGUAAGUAUUUUUUCACGAUCUUUGAAACUUGUUGACUAUGGAGAUGAAAUGACACGACGUCAUUUUUCAACAGCUAUGGGUGAGCUCAUUUUGAUAAUAACUGAAAAUGGUCUUCCUAAUGCUGGGAACAUAAUAGACAAAAUGAUUGCAAAAGAGUUAAGAAUAUCAAAUGUUAGACUUGUGGAAUUUCCUGAAAAAAUAUCUUCUCAAUUUGGUAUUUCAAAACGAUGUAUUAUUUUACAAGUUAAAGGAUCAGAUGCUUUGGAAAAAGCAAAAAUUUUAAAUGAAAUGUUUUCAGAUACAACUGCAGUUAUAUCAGAUCCCACAGAUGUUAGCACUAUUUCUAGUGUGGCUUUCGCUCCUGGUAAAACUACUGCAGUAAUGAAAAAUUCUUCAAUUUGUGUUAUUAAACCUCAUGCCAUCACAAGUGGUUAUCAGGGAGCUAUUUUACAACGUCUUAUUGAUGAAGGAUUUUAUAUCAGUGCUUUGGGUAUGUAUUCGUUAUCUCUAGCAGAUGCGGAAGAUUUUCUUGAAGUGUACAAUGGUGUUGUACCAGAGUAUCAAAGACUUGUAGAACAAAUGUCCAGUGGACCUUGUUGGGUUGUAGAAGUUUGUGCUGAAAAUGCAGUUUCAGCUCUUCGAGCCGUAUGUGGUCCACAUGAUCCUGAAGUGUGUCAUGUACUUUUUCCUCACACAAUUCGGUCAAAAUAUGGUGUUGACCGUGCCCGAAAUGCGGUGCAUUGUACGGAUUUAGAAGAAGAUGCACCAUUGGAAUCUGAGUUUUUCUUUUCUCUUCUGCAGAAUCUUUAA